AUGGCGGCAUUGGGAUUUAUGGACGUCUUCAGCCUGUGUCUCAGCGCCCAUCUUUCCGGAAUUUUCUAUAUUCUGGGCGCGGAGUACUCCUGCGUCGCCACCGUAUGCCAGCUGUCGAAUCUGCUCGUCAUCAACCGCAUCCUCGACAUCUGGCGGCCACAGCUUGGGAAAUUUUUGUUCGAGGGCGCUAGGACCUGGUUCUACAUCGUGUUGAUCCUCAUUUAUGGCCUCAUGUUCGUCUGGAAAGCUCCGCCAGCGGCGAGCUGGCAUUUGAUGCAUGGUAUCCCAUCCCUGGUUUACCUCUUCCUCAACAAAACGAUACAUCGUCGAGUGUUCGGAAAAUAUUCUGUAUUCCACUAUCGCGCCUCAAGCGGCAUCAAGCCGCUGUCGACUGUGCAAAAGGAGAGCCCCUCCAAGGGCCAUUCUCAAGCUGGAGGCCCGAUGUCGGAAGUGCGACUCGGGUUU